AUGGCUACAUACCCCUUAGAGGUUGCUCCGCCUCUGUUGAGGGCCCCUGAAGGCAGGGUAGUGAGCGAGGAUCAGUUGUUACAGCACUCUCAAGCCUUCUUCCAAGGCGCGGAUAUUGUCUGGGUUACCAUAUCAGCGUGUCUGGUGCUGCAAAUGAUACCCGCGUUGUCGAUGUUCUACGCCGGCGCAGUGGACAGAUCCUCAACGUUGACGUUACUCCGUAUGCCCGUUGUCACCGCAGCAUUCUGUGCUGUUCAGUGGUAUCUCUGGGGUUAUUCUCUGACCUUCUCCCCGAGCCAUGCCGAGAAUCGAUCACCGUGGCAUGUGUAUGGUGGACAGGUCCAGGACUUGGUUUUAUAUCGCGCGCUCGUCCGCCCCGUGGGUGCAGCAGGGCCCAAGAUUCCCGAGCUUCUCUAUGCCUUCUACCAAGGCAUGUUCGCCUGCUUCACGCCUGCCCUAAUCUGCGGCGGGGUCAUCAAGAAGUUCAGGGCCGGCCGCUUCCUCGCCUUCAUACUUCUCUGGUCCCUGCUUGUCUACUAUCCCGUUGCGAGAUGGACGUGGUCACCAGAAGGUUUUUCCAGCCAGCACGGCGUCAUGGACUUCUCUGGAGGCACUGCGGUACACAUCACAUCGGGAACUGCAGUCGGCGCAGUUGUUCUCUUUGAUGCGGUCGAGCGCCAUGGCUGGGGCGUCUUUGCACAUGCCUGGGCAAUCAUCUAUCCGAAGCCCACACCAGCCCCUCCGGUAAAUGUGAUGACCAUUAGGCGAGAGGAUAGCGGUCUAUCUGACGAGGCCAGCCCAACUGCACCGGCAAGCAACAUGAAUACAACGGCCUCUCCCCGCUCAAGCACGGGUGACCCCAAACUUACCCCAGAAAUUCCUUCCCACCCUCCAUCACCACGUGUUCCUACGCCGGCGCCCCCAUCGGCACGUAUGCUUACCAGCCAAACCGUUUUCCCGCAUAUGCUGCCCGCUCCACAGCUCGACCCAAGUGCAAUUUUAGGAGACGACGCACCGCAUAGUCUAAACAACAUGAUUUUAGGAACAUUGCAGCUCUGGUUUGGAUGGUUCGGUUUCAACGGUGGUUCGGCCUUGGGCGGGAACCUCCGGGCUGUCUCAGCGUGCAUCUCAACACAUGUCUCUGCGAGCUCGGGGGCCUGUACCAUGUUGCUUUUGCACUGGGCUUUGCAGGAAGCGGUGAGACAGUGGCCCAAACUUGUCCGGGAGGGCCGCAGAGGAGCAAAGGUGUCGGUUGUUCACUUCUGUGACGGGGCUAUUGUCGGCUUGGUCGCCAUUACCCCUGCGGCCGGAUAUGUGCCUGUCUGGAGCGCCGGCUGCAUCGGCGCGAUUGCCUCUGCGGUCAUAUUCUUCCUCAAAAGCACCGUCUUGCUGGAUUUGAUGAGGAGCGACCCGCUAUUCAUUUUCUUGAUACACACUGGGGGAGGGUUCAUCGGGAUGGUCCUGACCGGGUGCUUUGCGAGGCAAUAUGUAGUCGGAUUUGAUGGUUACUCAACUAUCCGGGAGCGGUCUACGGCCGGGCGGCUAGGGUGGCAAGUUGCGGAUGCUCUGAUGGGGUUUGGGUGGUCCAUGGCCAUGACACUUGGAACACUGCUGCUCCUCAAGGUCGUCAUAUCCGUGGCUAACAGGAAAUGGACCCGGUUAUUUGACGUCCAGGUGGAUGAAAAGCUGCAAGCCGAGUUGGAAUAUAAGGAGAGGAUUGAAUGA